GGUGGUGGAGUGAAUUGUGGAUCUGGUUUCGAGAGCGUGAUACUUUCUCAUUUCGCGAGGAACUACCUAUACUAUUCAAUUUUUGUCGGCUUAUUUAGUUUUCAAAUACUUAUUUUAACUAUCUCAGUCGUUAUUUUAAUAUGGAUCCUAAGCUGUGCAAGUGGAACGUAAAGUAUAAUUUUUGGCCACUUAGUGUAUUAUAAACUGUCAUAUUUCAAGAUGGCACCAUGGCCGGAGCCAGAAAACCAACCUAAAGCUCCAGACAAAAACGAUAAACGUGAACAAACUGAAGUGAAUACUCGGUCAGAAUCGGAAGAGGCUGCCGACAAUACAAUUUGUGCAAGUUCCGAUCAGAAAGUUGAAGACAAAGACGUCUCUGGUUUAAACGACGGUCAGUUGCGAGCUCUUCUUGACGAAGCUUUUUCCUACAAGUGCCCAAAAGACAGAGAGGGCAAAAGUGAACUGUUCAAAGAGCUGCUGCAAGAAGCUGAAGCAGACGAGACUGAUAGUAAAGUACUUGGUGGAUCUCUCGGUGGAAAGUUGCCCAGGGCUCAUUAUAACCUACAGCGUAGAAGACAGUCCCGUCAUAGUGGUGCGAGCAGGGAAUGCGGAGUAGGGGUCUCAACCACCCGAGGAGGGUCGUUGCAAAAUCUUCACGCUCUUGGUAUGGAAGGUGGCAGAAGAAGUAGAAGAAGAGACACGCUUGUAUCUGCGAGACAACGUGAGGGUGGUUCUUUGCCUACAAACGUCAACGUUGACGACCAUGAUUUGGACAUUAUUUGUCCAAACUACACAUCCAGAGCAACUCUAGAAGUAAAAGAACCUAAAAAACCAGAAAGCAUGGAAAGACUAGAAACUACAGCGCAGGGCAUCCCUAAUGGAUCAGAAAUUAUAACCAAAGAAGAAGAGGCAAGGGUUGACAAUGCUUUUGCAAGCUCGAUCAGUGUUGGACCUGUAGAGAGUGGAGCAAUGCUUUAUCCCUCCACACCAGUUCAACAUGUAAGCGUCUUGUCAAUUCCACCAGGACAGUUAUCCGUGGGAACAGACGAUAACAGAUUUUCUGAAAAUUUGGAAGUGAAGAAGUUAAAUAUAAGUCGAAGUCGGCAACAAAAGAAGGGACAUCUGAUGGAAGAAACCGACAACACCAGCGAAGGAUUACUAGGCCUGCCUCUGACCGCCUAUUGGAACAGAUACAGCAGUUUUACUUUACUUGAUUUUCAGGAUUCGAACACAAGACUAGCAUUUUCGAAUUCUGCUGAUUCCAAGGCAAAGCCCGUGGAUGAAAAUGGAAAUGCUCUAUCCUGUGUACGAGUUGACUCUAACUGCCUGGAUAGGAAGAAGCAAAGAAGAGUGAAAACUAAGAAUGACCGGAACACUAUAUCAUUAAAGAUUGAUGAAAUUGAGGGUUUUCGAGGAGAGGCAGACAUUGAUACUCUCAUGGAAUACAUUGAGAGCCCUUCCUUGGAUUCCAAUAAAAAUAAAGCUCGAUCCAACCAACCUAAUAAUCCUCGCACCAGUGUAAAAGUAAGAGCUAAAGAGGAAGAGCCACGGUCUACAAAGAAAAGGAGAGAGAAAUUUAAACGAUCCAAUAGUUUGGAAGAGGUUUCAAAAACCAAACUGGAAGACUUGACCGAACACACAAGUAGUGAAAAAAUCAAAAGUUCCCUCCCUAUACAAAAAAAACCAUUGACAGUUGAAGAUACUGAUGUGUGGCAAAGAUCGUCCUGGAACAAGGAUGAAGAUCAUCUUCUUCAGGAGCCUAAAAAAAUGUCAUCUGAAAGAAUUUCUCCUGAACUCUUACAGGAGUCCGAGUUCCUCAUAGUGACCAAGAAACAGAGGAAGAAGAAAAGGCGUGUGGUGUGCAGCAGCCGCAGCACAUCAAAAACUACCUACUACAGCCGGGAGUCGGGUUCCGGUCGUCUCUUGUACCAGUACCAAAAUGAUCAGGGGACCUCACAACCUCGGAGGAAGUCAGCAUCAUCUGUACCUCCAUCAGAUAAAAGCGACAGUUCGGAUUUGGACAGUGUACACUCGCUUCCUGUUUCAUCCUCGACAAGACAACGAGUGAUGAAAAACUCUGUGUCGGGAGGCUCCACCCCUCAGGCUUCUUAUGCUGACAUCGCCAGAUCAGCUGCCGGGUUACCUUCUGACAGUUGUGUUAUAAAUGUAGUUACUUAUACGGACUCAGAUAUUAGAACGUCCGUUAUACCUAUUUUAUCGUUACCCUCGCCUGCUGCAUCUAAAAAGGAUGCAACAACUGAAACAUGUGAUACUUUUCUAACUACUGAAGACUACCCCCCUCUCGAUAAUCGAAAUGUAGAUUUUUGUACAGACAUUUCUAAGUUUCCACUAAGUGGAACAAAAGACAAAAGUCGUAAACAACCUGUGAUAGUUAGAGACAAUGAAAGGCCAGCAGUCAUUCUAAUGAAUGACAGAGCUGAGGCUCAAAUCAGUGAGAUAAAGUUCGGUUUUGACAUUAACUAUCAGCUACUUGAAAGUGAGGCUAAGUGCAAUAAGUCAAGAAACACAGCUUAUACUUUGGUUGAUCAAACUGCUCCAGCGCCUACUCAAAACGUAGCUGAGUUCUUUUGUCGCUUCCCCAGUGAUGACAAUGUUGUUCACUACCUGACUUCAUCCUGGGAAGAAGUCCUUGAUAAAUUACAAUCAGGGAAAGCAAGUUAUUACGAUGGACAAUAACUUCUUCAUAAACUGUUAUUUUAUUAUAGUUUUGUUAUUUGUUGUGUUACUAUUCCACAAGUGUUUUUAAGCUGGUAAAAUACAGCAUUCAUGUUAAUAUAUAUCUAAUUAUUACUCAGUGCAUUUAAUCUUUUGUUAAACAUGUUUUUAUUGGAUACAGCCCCAAAAUUAGUUUUAUAUUUACUGUUGAUUUAUUAUGCGGUAAUUCUAAUACAGGUAAAAUUCAAGUAUUUUGUGAAGUAGUUGUUAAUGUCUUCAAGUAGGGACCGUAAGUGACUGAAACAGAGAAUAGUCAUCUUAAAAAGUUAGUCUUACUUUUGCAGGGUUACUAGCUUAGACUAAUCCCAAGUACCCGUCUUUAGGUUCAGUAAUGCCUAUGGAUGACUUGUCCCGUAUUUAGCCUGAAUUUUAAUAAUUGUUUUAAAAGUCAAAACCAUUUUGGAUUGCAUAAAGGCAGGUACACCAAAUUGUUACUUUUAAAAAGUCUGUUAAAACUUGCUCACAAUAGUUAGCAAUAACAAUAGAUUUAUUUUGUGAUUCAUUCCAAUUUUAGCAAUUUGCAUUAAGUUCCUAUAAUUUAAACCAACAACUAACAUUUGAAUAUUUUGACUUAUUCCUACAACUAAUUUAAGAAAAAAUGGAUUAUUAGAUUAUUUAAUUCAAUUUGAAUAAAACAUAUUCAAAAUUAAUAAAGCAUAAAGUGUAUUAACACUAACCAAGUUUCCAUUUUUUGCAAAAUGAAAAUUCUCUGUCUUAGUCUAAAAAUGUUCAUAAUCUGUGUAAUUUUUCAUUUGCUAUGUUAGAACAUUUAUACAAAUGGUAUAAUUACUUAUAGUAUUUUGACUAUUUUUUUGUGGGUGAAUAUUUCUAUACAUUGAUAACUGUCGGUUUAAAAUUUAAAAUUAUUUGUAUAACUCCAUUAAUUCCACUAAUUGUCACUAAUUCCAUUUUACAGAUAUUUGAAAAAGUAAGAUGUGAGAAAUUAAAUCAGUAUCGACAAAACCUAAAAUAAUUUGCGUUUUAUAUAGGUGUAAACAGUUUCAGUCUUAUCCAUUCACUUAUUAUUUUCCUGCUCAUUACUGUUGCUUUAAAAGCUUGAAUUAUAGCCCAUUGUUUUCAUAACGUUUCUAUAGAUUUUUAAACAUUUAGAACUUUACUCGACCAGAACAUUAAUUUAAUUGCUUAGUAUUGGUUUCAGCAAACCACAAGUUUUGUGAUACCAUUCUCUCUUUUUUUAAAGUUCAUUUUGACUCUUGAUUGUUAAGAUCGAUACUGAAUAUUUUCUCCUUCUCACUUUCACGUUUAGUUAUUGGUACUUUUACUUUCAUAAAAUGGCACUUGUAUUGGCAAUAUCAUGACCGCCUCAACUUUAGUAAUAUGAGUUUAGUAUUGAUGUGUAUUCUUAUAUUUUACUAAAAUUAAGUGAGUUAAUAUUAGUUAAGUACAGUAAACAUCCUAGUCAAGAAUUAUUCACCCUCAUAUUAAGUUUUGACAUGGUUCACUUGUUUUUUGUAUCAGUAAUUUUCUGAAAUUAAUUGUUGAAAACAUGUUUUAAUAUAGUUUUGAUCUAAGUACACCCCAAAGUAUCCUAUAUUUAAGCAAACUCACUGUCAAAUGGUCAUCUUGUACUUUUAAGUUCAAUUCAGUUUGUCAACAGAAUAGGUCAAAAGUAAUUUAUAAAAUUCGCACUGCAAAGAAUUUGUAUUUAUAAUAAAAUUGUUAUUUCUUUAUUA